GUCUGCUGCCGGUGCCGCUGCCGGGCUUCGUGCGUUCGCGUCGCGUGUGUGGGCAUCCAGGACGCUGAAGCGUUCAGCCAGCCAUUGAAUCCGUGUGCCCCAAAGCCGGGCCAACUGGCAGAGCCAAGUGCCGAAGCCAUCCAGCCAAGGGCCUCGGGCCAAGUGUCCAAUGUGAAUGAUACCAGUAUUGUACUGCCGCGUAUAAGAAAUCCGCCAAUGAGGAAAUUUGAAAUUAGAAAAGAUGAAGCAUUCAGUGAAAUCUGUGUUUAUUUCGUGUUUGUGUUGUGUGCGAACAUCGUCCACGGAAUCAUUGGCCGUAUUGUCAUCGUUGCCAGCCUGGCUCCCGAGGAACGAACAGAACGGCUUGGCCCAUAAGUAAACACACAGCAAAAGCUCGCUUAAAAUGAUUACCUAAAGGCAGAAUCAGUGCAAAAAACUACAAAAACUAAAAGGAAUUCAAAUAAAUAUAGCUGAAAAAAAAGGGAGAACAGCUUAUAAAACAAACAUACAUAGUUUAAUUGGAACUGAAAACCCUACUAACAAAUAAAUACAAAUUUUUAUAGCCGGAGGGGCGAGAAACAAAUCAGAGAAACCAAAAUCUAACAAAAAGAAAAAAUACGUAACUGAAACCACCGCAGAAUCGCUUUAGAUUACAAGGAAAUAAAACAAAAUAAAAAUACCAAAUACUAAAAACCAAAAACCAAAUAUAAAGACAACAAAAUGACGCUGCGCAUAUCGGCCAAAUCCAAGCAUCAGCGAGGACUCAUCAUCUAUGGCUUUGUGCUGCUCCUGACGACAGCCACCCGGGCAGGACGGAUCUUUGACGUCACAAAUCUGGACUACGUUAAGGUGAACGCCGAGGCUGGCAAAAACGUGACCAUACCCUGUCCGGGCGUCAACGAGCACUCGCUGGUGGACACGCUCGUGUGGAAGACGGCAUCGACGACAAUCGCGCAGUUUGCCAACAGGAUACCCCUGCUGCACAGUCCCCGGAUACAACUUUUAUCGGACAAUUUCGGGCUGCAGUUCUCCCCGUCCCUCGCCAGCGACACGUCGGAGUACAUUUGUCUGGUCAACGAUCGCCAUAUACCGGAGGCCAUUGUCGAUCUGCUGGUUCAGGAUGUGCCUGAUCCACCGGAGCGACCAUUGUUGAUAAGUUUCACAUCGCGCUCGGUGAACUUAUCCUGGGCGCAUUCGCAACACCCGCGGAAUGCACCCGUCACGCAUUUUAUUAUUGAAACGCGAGAGGGCGAAGAUGGCAUCUGGGAUCAGCUGGCUCGCAUCUAUACCAAAACGAAUGCCACAUCAUAUCAGGUGACCGGCCUCACGCCCUUCACCGUCUACAGCUUUCGGCUGCUGGCCGUCAACAAGCUGGGCAUGAGUCCACCGUCCAAGGAGUCCUACUACAUUGUGACGCUGCGGGAAGCGCCCACGGGCAAGCCCAUACCGACAACGGCCCACAACACGUCCUCGACGUCGGUGUACAUCUCAUGGAAGCCGCCGCCACCGGAUACCAUUCUCGGGGAGUUUCUCGGCUAUCGCAUCACAUAUCGGCCACGCGAUCGCGAUCCCAAUGAUACCAAGGAAAUCUAUAUAAGGGAUAACACUGUGGAGAGCCAUGAAAUACAGAACCUGCAGACGUACACGCAGUACAAGGUGACCGUGCAGGUAUUCAACCCGGAAGGCCUGGGACCGGAGACAACCAUCCUGGUGAUGACCGACGAAGGAGUGCCAAGCAAGCCGCAGAAUCUCACCGUACUGGAUGUGUCCGCGAACAGCAUCACGAUGUCGUGGCAUCCGCCGAAGAACCAGAACGGGGCCAUCGCCGGCUACCAUGUCUUCCACAUACACGACAACCAGACGGGCGUGGAGAUUGUGAAGAACUCGCGAAAUUCGGUGGAGACCCUCAUACACUUUGAGCUGCAGAAUUUGCGACCCUAUACCGACUACCGGGUGAUCGUGAAGGCGUUUACCACCAAGAACGAGGGCGAACCCUCCGAUCAGAUUGCCCAGCGCACAGACGUGGGGGGCCCCAGUGCGCCGGCGAUUGUGAAUCUCACCUGCCACUCGCAGGAGUCCAUAACGAUACGCUGGCGAAGACCCUACGAGUUCUACAACACGAUCGACUUUUACGUGAUAAAGACGCGUCUGGCGGGCCAGGACUCGCAUCGGGAUAUUCGGAUCAAUGCCUCGGCCAAGGAACUGGAAACGGCGAUGAUUCUGCAAAAUCUAACAACCAAUUCGUACUACGAGGUCAAAGUGGCAGCGGCAACAUUCAGUGUCAUAAAUCCAAAGAAAAUCGUCUUGGGCAAAUUCUCAGAGUCAAGGAUUAUCCAACUGCAGCCGAACUGCGAGAAGCUCCAGCCACUGCUCCGGCAAUCGCAUAACGAUUACAACCUGGCCGUCCUGGUGGGCAUCAUCUUCAGCUGCUUCGGCAUCAUACUGAUCAUCAUGGCCUUCUUCCUCUGGAGCAGAAAGUGCUUCCAUGCCGCCUACUACUAUCUGGACGAUCCGCCACACCAUCCCAACGCCCCGCAGGUGGACUGGGAGGUGCCCGUCAAGAUUGGCGAUGAGAUCCGUGCCGCAGUGCCCGUGAAUGAGUUUGCCAAGCAUGUGGCCUCGCUGCACGCAGAUGGGGACAUUGGCUUCAGCAGAGAGUACGAGGCCAUUCAGAACGAGUGCAUCAGCGACGACCUGCCCUGCGAGCACUCCCAUCACCCGGAGAACAAGCGCAAGAACCGCUAUCUGAACAUCACAGCCUACGAUCACAGUCGCGUCCAUCUGCAUCCCACGCCGGGACAAAAGAAGAACCUGGACUACAUCAAUGCCAACUUCAUUGAUGGCUACCAAAAGGCGCACGCCUUCAUCGGCACCCAGGGCCCGCUGCCCGACACCUUCGACUGCUUCUGGCGCAUGAUCUGGGAGCAGCGCGUGGCCAUCAUUGUGAUGAUCACGAAUCUGGUGGAGCGCGGCCGACGCAAGUGCGACAUGUACUGGCCCAAGGAUGGGGUCGAGACCUACGGCGUCAUUCAGGUGAAGCUCAUCGAGGAGGAGGUCAUGUCCACGUACACGGUUCGCACGCUGCAGAUCAAGCAUCUGAAGUUGAAGAAGAAGAAGCAGUGCAACACGGAGAAGCUUGUCUACCAGUAUCACUAUACGAAUUGGCCAGAUCAUGGCACCCCGGAUCACCCAUUGCCCGUGCUGAAUUUCGUGAAGAAAUCCUCGGCUGCCAAUCCCGCCGAGGCUGGUCCCAUUGUCGUGCACUGCAGCGCUGGCGUUGGUCGCACUGGCACCUACAUCGUUCUGGACGCCAUGCUCAAGCAGAUCCAACAGAAAUCGAUUGUUAAUGUGUUUGGUUUUCUGCGUCACAUCCGGGCCCAGCGGAACUUCCUCGUCCAGACCGAGGAGCAGUACAUAUUCCUGCACGACGCCCUCGUGGAGGCCAUAGCAUCGGGCGAGACAAAUUUGGCGAGCGACCAGGUCGAGGAGCUGCGGAACUGCACUCCAUAUUUGGAGCAGCAGUACAAGAACAUCAUCCAGUUCCAGCCGAAGGACAUACACAUUGCGUCGGCCAUGAAGCAGGUCAACUCGAUCAAGAAUCGCGGUGCCAUCUUCCCCAUCGAGGGAAGCCGGGUGCAUCUCACCCCCAAGCCGGGCGAAGACGGCAGCGACUAUAUCAACGCUUCGUGGCUGCACGGCUUCCGGCGGCUGCGGGACUUCAUUGUCACCCAACACCCCAUGGCCCACACGAUAAAGGAUUUCUGGCAAAUGGUCUGGGACCACAAUGCGCAGACCGUCGUGCUGCUCUCCUCCCUCGAUGAUAUAAACUUUGCCCAGUUCUGGCCAGACGAGGCCACGCCCAUCGAGAGCGAUCACUAUCGCGUGAAAUAUCUGAACAAGACCAACAAGAGCGACUACGUGACUCGGGACUUUGUCAUUCAGUCCAUACAGGAUGACUACGAGCUGACGGUCAAGAUGCUGCACUGUCCCAGCUGGCCGGAGAUGUCCAAUCCGAACAGCAUUUACGACUUCAUUGUGGACGUCCAUGAGCGCUGCAAUGACUAUCGCAAUGGACCAAUUGUUAUAGUGGACAGGUACGGUGGAGCGCAGGCGUGCACGUUCUGUGCCAUCUCAUCGCUGGCCAUUGAGAUGGAAUACUGCAGCACGGCGAAUGUCUAUCAGUAUGCCAAGCUGUAUCACAAUAAGCGGCCCGGGGUGUGGACAUCCAGCGAGGACAUACGCGUCAUCUACAAUAUACUUUCAUUUUUGCCUGGCAAUUUGAAUCUGCUGAAGCGCACGGCGCUACGCACUGAAUUCGAGGAUGUGACAACGGCCACGCCGGAUCUCUAUAGCAAAAUAUGCAGCAAUGGUAAUGUUCCCCAGCAUAUCAUACUCCAGCAGCAGCAGCUGCUGCAGCAACAGCAAUACCAACAACAUCAGCAGCAGCAACAGUUGCAGCUACAGCUGCAACAGCAGCAGCCACUAGCACUCGCACAAGCACAGCCACAGCCACAACCACAAACACAAAUACAGACCACUCGUAGUCAUAGUGAACUAAAUGAGACAGCAUCCAAUACACCCUCCAAUACUAAUCCCAGCCUCUUGCCCAUCUCAUCAUUGUUACCGCCCACAGUUGUUCCAACAUCCAAUACCACCACACCACCACCACCAAUAUCUCCAUCUCCGUCACCACCAACAGUCCAACUCCAACUCCAGUCACCACCAUCACCAUCCCAGCGAGAUAUGCCCAGUCCGAGUGGCACUGCAACAACAGGCACUGCAACACCAACACCAACAUCAACACCAACACCAAACAUCAUCCCCACUGCAUCCCCAACAAAUCUAGCCCAUACUAAUGCCAAUUUCCAUCCUGUUACUAAUAAUGCUGCUCAUCUGGUGAACAAUGAACUGACGCCGAUGCUCGAUGAUCUGAACUUUGAACAACAUCAACAACAACAAAUGCUGGCACUGAUGCAACAACAAACGCAACUGCAACAACAAUACAACAUGCAUCAUCAUAAUCACAACGCCAAUUCGGUGGCUGGUGAACUGCUGACUCCAACAACAACGCCUGACUCAACAACAACAAUCGCAACAACGAUGAACAACAAUGUCACAACUGCAGCAGCGACAGAUGCUCAAAACUUAGAUAUUGUAGGUUAAACUAAAGAUAAAAUUUACAACAGCAGACGGCGAUUAGGAGAUAAAAUCAUUUUAUAAAUGUUUAAAUAUAUAUAUUUUAAAUUAACAAAAACUAUACAAUUACGUAUGUAUGUAUGUAUACAUAGGAAUGUAUUUAUUAACAUUUAAGUCGUCGAAAGCAAAGCGUCUAGCGCAUUGUCCAUAAAUUAUUCAUUCGCAUAUUAAGCUCAUGUUUUAUUAUCCUAAUUUAUUCGUAUUUUAGUUGUUUAACUUUCCAAAUGUAUACUCUACGAACUAUUUAAAUUAUUUCCCCCUGCUCUUUAUAUGUUGUGUACACUAGAUUUACAGGAAGUUUUUACGAUAAAUAUUUUAUAUAUACAUUUAGUCACAAGAAAAACAAAAACCCACAAAAAGUCAACAACAAAAGUAAAGGAAAAUAGUUUCAAUCAAAGCGAUCAAAAUAAAGCAACUGCAAUUACAAUUGCAAUGCGAACAAAUUGAAAUGAAAACGUAGAGAAAUGCACAAAGUGAACGAGUAGAACUACUAUAGUAAAACCAAUAAUUGUCUCAUCAUUUACGAGUUUAUACACUACAUACAUUAAUGCAUAGAUACAGGUACAUACGAGUAUAUACAUAAUUAAUUAAUUAUAAUAGUGAUUCGUUAAUGCAGGUUAAUGCUGCACACACUUGUGCCAUGAUCUUUUAAGCUCCCAUUAAAGCUCCUAUUAAAGUAAUACUUAUUUGUUAAUGUCCGCGUUGAUGAAGCACUUUUUGCAUUUCAAAUUGAUUCAGUGUCCGUCCUAGUAUCUGUUAGCGAACAAAUUUUUCUGUUUUCUCUCUUUACAACAUUUUUUCUAACCUGUUUUUCCAUACCCAAAAAAAAAAAAACGAAAGCAAAACCUUAGCUAAAAAUUAAUUGCGAAUUUAGUAGGCAAGAAAACGAAUUAUUGGCAAGUAUACAGAUUAACCAAGCGCACCUCUGCACGGAGCACAUCAGCCACACAUCACUGUAAAUCCCAAGAGCAACAAAAUGCAGAUGCAAAUCAAUUCUCACUCCCUACGGAAGGCACCAAGCACAAGAGCAUCACGUUAAGAUAAAUAAUAAAGUGUAAAUAGAACUUAGGCAAAGAACUGCUGGAAGAAAUCAACUAAUUUUAAGCCUCCUUAAGCUAUAAAUAUUGUAAAAACAAAAGCAAACCGAGAUAAACUAAAUGUAAAACUAAAAAUAAACGCAAGCAAAGUAUUAUUAAAAUAUACGAUCUAUGUGAACAAAACGAAAGCCACAAUUGAAUGACGAAAUUCA